GGAGUGAACAAGUUCGCAGCACUUUCCGCAAAUCAGUAUUCUUCUUUUACUUUUUUAAUUUAAAAAAAUCAUGGAUUACUGGAAAAGAUUUUCAUAACUUCACCAAUUGUGGAACAAAGUUUUUACAUUCGGAUGGACCUUGCACAAACAUGAUCUAAGCUGAGGGAUUUUCCCUCACUAGAUGCAAUGGAAAUAUGAAACAUAUCUGCUUGAAACUGACCUGACGCCAGCCAAACGAUCACACAUUUUGAUAUGGCAACUUGUGCAGAAUUGGUUCGGGGGGCGCGCGCAUUCGUUUGGCCUUUCGCGUGUGCGCUCGUGUGUUUUUGCUGUUUUUCCAUCGCCUCCUCCAACCACCACGGCGGUCGGUUAAUUUGCUGGCAGGCGAUAUUUAACUGCCAGUCGGAGCCCGAGUGUCAUUACGCGUAUGACCAGUAUCUGCACGCCUGCGAGUCGAUCCUGAACGGCCAGAGGAGGAAGUGUCCGAGUCACUGCAUCUCGUCGCUGGUGCAACUCAACCUGACCAAGAGCGGCCCGGCGCUGGAGGACUGUAGCUGCAACAAGGACCCGCGCUGCCGGGAAAUCAAACGAGCCAUCGAGCCUUGCCUGCCCAAAACGAGCAACAUGGGCUGCACCGAAGCCCGGCGCCAGUGCGAGAAGGACAGCCAGUGCCGAAGCGCGAUGGGCGAUUAUUUAGUGCACUGCGGGAAACUCUUCAGCGGCUCCAGCUGCUCGAACCAGUGCCGCAAUGUCAUCGCGUACAUGCGCAAACUCCCCAAAGCUCAACUCCUGGAUACUUGCGUGUGUGAUGGAACGGAGCGGACUAUAUGCGAGUUUAUCAAAACUAGUAUGAGAACGCUUUGCUUUGACUCUCCCCCCGUGGACGAGGAGGGCUCCAGCGGUUUGGACGAUGACGAGCCCGGUGAUGAGGAUUACCUAGAGCCAGAACCCACGAGGAACACAGGUUCUGCUUUUGUGGCAUGCUCUGUUUUGACUGUGGUGGCAUCCAUUUUGGCUCUGGUGCCGCUACCUUGAUCACUUUGAAGUCGAGAUAAUGAUCUGCUCCAACGGCUGUUCGGGAAUAGUGCAUUUUACCUUUUUUUUCUUCUGCUUUCCUGUUCUUUCACGGCAAGCUGUGUCAACAUUUAUUCCUUAACACUUUUUAGCUUUUGUUAAAAUUUUAAACUAAGUAGUCCCAUGCAUAUCGUAAUUUUCUAUUUGAUUAGACGUUCAUUAGUGAAUGGUUGGUACAAAUAAACAAUAACAACAAAACCUAGCUAUUGUAGUUUGACCAUGAUGACUACAAAUUCACCAUGGUUUGCUUCAGUUGUUAAAGUUUAACCACGGUAUUAGUAGUUAAAACUAAACCACAUACUACUUGUAACCACCACAACAAAAGCAUGGUUACUGCACUUUUACUAUAAUAAAGCGUGGUAAAUUUUUGUACCACUAAAAAUCUAAAGUUAUCAAAUGCAAGUAGCAAUUUUACUACUACCAACAACUGAAAGUAAUGUGUAAUGACAAGUCAUAUUGGCUACUGUUGGAAGAAAAAUAAAUAAAUACAUAUUUAAUUUAAAAGAUUAGAAUGUAACCAGUUCAGUAGAUUCUACUAUGUAUUUGACUUUUCAUGUCAGUAAUAAUGGAUUAGUUACGCGUCACUGUAAUGCAUGCAUUCUGAUGCCCUAUGAACCCACUAAAAUCCAAAAAUAGUUACUGUUGGAUUAUUUGCUAGCAAACAAAAAAGUAUGUCAAAUAAUAAAAAUAGAUUUAAGUUGCUUUACUGAGUAAAUGUUAAUACAGCUUGACCAGAUUUUUCUCCAAAGAUUACAAGUUAAACUUUGUGUGACAUUUAGUUGAAUGUGGAAAUUACCACAUUGUAAACGUGUUUUGAUUCACUAUGCAAAUUUACUGUUGCAGAUUCGGCCCAGGUAAACAAUGCCUUGUCUAUUGUAAUUGUCUAUGAUCAGCAUAAAGUACUGAUUCUGAAGAUAUUUAAGAGCAGGGAUACAAAAUAUUUUAGGUCAGUCAACUGCCUUAAACACUAGCUUGCCUUAUUCAAGUGCUAUUUUGUAAAAUACAAAUUUAUUUCCUUAAAGAUAUAGAAAGAAAAGUUUAUUUUGUUACCUAGACCUUUUAACAGUGAAAGUUGUAAUUAUAAAACUGUGCACUGCCAAUGUAAAACUAGAUUUUUAAAUAUGUAAAGUAUUUUUUAUAAAGUUUCAAAAGACUUUGGAUAAGUAACUUCUGUAAAAAACAAAAGUGUUGCUGGAAUGAAUGAGGAGUAGAUCUCUAUAUUGCAUUUGAUAAAUCUUCUAAAAAAAACUCCAAACCCAGAGACUCACAACAGAGAACUUUAUUUUUGUUUAAAAAGUAAAACAAAGGGUGAUGAUUCCAGCUUUAAAGGGAAGUUAAAUGUUUGUUGUAAUUAUUUGUCUUUUAAGAUAUUGUACAGUGUACAGAUUUCCAGAGAAUCUUUUAAAUGUGUUAUCUAAGAUGAACUAUUUACUGUGUAGAGAUGUCUAAAUCCACUGUAUGACUGCCUCAGUGAUGUUCUUUUUUAUAGAAGGCAUAAAAACUAAAGUACAAAGAC